AACUAGUGAACUGUAAAGACUCGAACCAUUGGAGUCAAUACUGGUUAGCCUUCUCCAUUUCUGGGUCAUCCAUGGCGUUUUCUGCAGCAUUCUUCACAUCUUCAUCACCUUCUCUCACUCUUCCCUGUAAGACCCGCAGACCCUUUUACUCUCAAACCGGUUAUUGUCUUACACCCCUAACAGUUAGGGCCUCAACCACUCUGGAUUACUCCAAGGUCUCUGUGGAAGAUAAGACUCCAAACCCAUCAAAGACUAGUAGUUGGCAAUGGAAAUUCAAGGACAAUUAUAUUAACAUCUACUAUGAGGAACAUGUGAAGGAGAGCCCCGAUCCUCCUAAGAAUAUCCUUAUGAUGCCGACCAUUUCUGAUGUUAGCACUGUUGAAGAAUGGAGAUCAGUGGCCAGAGACAUUGUUCAGCGAGUUGGUGAAGUCAAUUGGCGAGCCACCAUAGUUGAUUGGCCUGGUCUGGGUUACUCUGAUAGGCCAAAGAUAGAUUACAAUGCCAAUGUCCUGGAGGAAUUCCUUGUUGACUUCAUUAAUGCUCGCAAUGGCCCAAUAAGUGACUCAGAGAACAAUUUGGUGGUCAUUGGAGGAGGGCAUGCAGCAACAAUUACAGUUCGUGCUGCAAAAAAGGGUUUGGUGAAACCUACGGCUAUAGCUGCUGUUGCACCCACUUGGUCUGGCCCCCUUCCUAUUGUGUUUGGUCGAGACUCCAGCAUGGAAACAAGGUAUGGGUUGCUUAGGGGAACCUUAAGGACCCCUGCUGUGGGAUGGAUGAUGUAUAACAUGCUUGUCAGCAACGAAAAGGCAAUUGAAUCCCAGUACAAAUCCCAUGUCUAUGCCAAUUCUGACAAUGUUACUCCAGGCAUUGUAGAAAGCAGAUAUGCACUAACAAAACGGAAGGGUGCCCGUUAUUUGCCUGCUGCUUUCUUAACUGGUCUACUUGACCCUGUCCAAUCUCGGGAGGAGUUUCUUGAACUCUUUGCAUGGUUGGAGGGAAAGAUACCUGUGCUGGUUGUGUCAACCGAAGGAUCUCCAAAGAGGUCAAAAGCAGAGAUGGAAGCUCUAAGGGGAGCCAAAGGGGUGAGCAAGUUUGUUGAGGUCCCAGGUGCUCUUCUUCCACAAGAAGAGUAUCCCACCAAGGUUGCUGAGGAACUUUACCAGUUUUUGCGAGAGAGUUUUGAAUCCAGGUUUUAAAACUUUCUUGUUUAUGGAUUUUUUGUUCCCUUAUACUGUUGAUUCCCCACCUGCCCCUCGCUUAGAAAAUUAUGUUCACUGAGAUUUUGCGGUGCUGCAAUUUAUGCCCCCCCUGAUGAAAAGCUUCUACAGGGAUUAUGCACAUUCACAAAUGUUGUUUUAUACUUGAUCUUUAAACUCUGCUUCUGUAUGUGUUCUAAUAGAACGUGGUGUACAUUUUGAGAUCCCUAUAAACAAGAAUGAUUUAUGUUGUUUUC